ACCCCCCCCCCCUACCCCUCUUUUUGUCAUCCCAGCGUGAUCUUAGCUCCUGCUUUUGCCCUUUUUCAUUUCCCCUUAAGAUGCAACCUCUCACUCUUCUAUAUAUCAACUUAUUACAUCAAACACAAGCUUAAAGGACAAAGAGGCCGAAGAAACCGAAACCCUCUUUCUCUCUAACAGAACAAAACUCUUUGUUCGAUCUUCGAUCUCUCCGUUUCUGUCGAUUUUAUGAGGAUUUUUUGUUCUUAGCUCUCCCCAAUACGUAGUCAAAGGUUGUCUCGAUCUCAAAACAAGAGAAAGUGGAUAAACGGCAUGGAAAACGCCCACUUUCUAUGGAAACAUCGUCGGAGAAAACCCACGACUUCGCCGGCACCGAUGAUUCCUCCUCCGUCCUCACCGGAAUCGUAACCUCAGCUUCGCCGUCGCCCACCGUCGCUCAACCGGUGGUGCAAGAACAAGGGAACGUGAGACGACACUAUAGAGGCGUAAGGCAGAGGCCGUGGGGCAAAUGGGCGGCGGAGAUUCGCGACCCGAAAAAAGCGGCUAGAGUUUGGCUGGGAACCUUCGACACAGCUGAGGAUGCAGCUCUUGCAUACGAUGAUGCUGCUCUUAAAUUCAAGGGUUCCAAAGCCAAGCUCAAUUUCCCGGAAAGGGUCCAAGGAAAAACGGAGCUCCGCUACGUCAGCACCGGCGCCGGAGGGACCGCCGGAGGAGCUCCUUCCGCCGUGGAUCACCACAUUUCCGGCCACCACCAACUGCCAGCCAUGCCGUCGCCGGAAACCUACCCGUACCUCCAGCAAUACGCGCAGCUGCUUUCCAGCUCCGACGCGGAAUUCCCUUACUUGACUUCGGCGCUUUAUAAUCAAGCGAGUUUUUCGCAACCGUCGUCUUUGCCACCGGCGGCGACGUUUCCGCCGCCGCCCACGGCGCCGUCGCAGCAACAAGAUUAUUUCCCGUAUUUUCCGUCGCAGUUUGAGAAUUUUCCUAGUUCGGAUUAUCAAAAUUAUUACACCAAGGGUUUUGAUGAUCCAAACAACCCGAAUCCGAAUGAUGACUAGUUUUUUUUUUUUUGUAUGAAUUUGUACCAUCAUACAAAAUGCAUGAUUUUGAUGGCAAGUUUCUACUAAAUGCAUGUUUAUUUAUUGAUAUAAUGCAAGUUUACAUAUACAAUAUCCAAUAUUCAUUAUAUA